GUGAUGGUGUAAAACCAACGUAAUACUAUGUUACGAAAAGCAGAAGGGUUGUAGGUGGAUACACAUAUAACCUGAGUAGUUAUUAAUAAUGUAAGGACCGUCUCUCGGGCGCUUGCGACAUCCACCAGGCCAACAUCUCGGGGUUGGUGAAGUCAGGUGGGGCCAGAAUUCAGUACCCUCGGGCGUAUGUGAACUUCCCAGGUGGUACCAGUGAGUUAUAUCCAUCAAGGAGUCCUCCAACUCUCGGCUUUGUGGGCACCAUCAAGGGCAGGAAUCAAAUGUGUGAAUAAUUUUGAAUUUUGAAUCCUCGGGUAUGGUUGGCGGGAAAGUUUUUACGGAAAUCUAGUACACCGACGCCUAGUUGUCGCGUCGUUUCCUCUUCCUGGAUCGGCAGGAGUGGGCCACCCGGCUGGUCAGGUCCUAGACAGAUGAGAAGCUCUGGAUGGAGGUCAUGAUGGUCACCGCCCAGAAGGAUGCAGAGGUAGCCCGGUUGGCGCCCGAGAAAAUGAAGGAGAAGCUGGUCGAACAGGCCGAAGCCUACCGGGGUCUCUUUGCCAAGCACGAGGGCUUGCUAAAGUCUGCCAAGGAGUCGAAUGAGCAGGCUAAGUGGAAGAUCGCUGAGUUGGCGGAGAAGGCCGGGCAGACGGGCCAGCUGGAGGAGGAGAAUGCCUAGCUAAGGGCUGAGCUGGAGAGGGAGCGCUCUGACCGGGUUGUUCACACCGUUGCUUGGGCUGCGGAGGAACCAGAGAAGUUUUUUUUGCUGCCCAGGCACUUCGUGACUGGGAGACUCUAGAUCGCGACCCAUUUAAAAAUAUUUUCAGAGUAAUGCGGAAGUACAAUAAUAAUCAAAUCAUGACACAUUUUAAAAUCUGAUGAUCAAACAUUUGCCUGCCAUCCUUGCAUCUCCUCUGACUCAAUGCCCUCCGGGAAUGGUUCCAUCAUUGUCUUCUUGUUACCUACGUGUAGUCAACGAAAAAUACAAACUACACGCUCAGCGAAACCGCUGAGUGGUACCACGCU